AUGGCAAAAUCAUCUUUCAGCGGUCGUGGCUAUAAAGUCUGGUACGACGUGAGCAGCAAAUACGGUCCCCUCGCCCGCAUCGGACCAAACGAUCUGCUCACCGAUGACCCGGAGAUCAUCAGGCGGCUCUCGGCCACGACGUCCCAAUACAGGAGGUCGUCUUGGUACGAGCCCACCAGGAUCGAUCCGUAUGACCACAGCAUGUUCAGCCUGCGCGACAACGUGGCACACGACAAACUCAAAGGCAAGACGGCGGCUGCCUAUAGUGGCAAAGAGAACCCGGCGCUUGAGGCGGAAGUAGACUAUGUCCUAGCUGAGUUGGUCGACAAGAUCCGAACGAAAUACAUAUCGACGCCAGGGGAUCUGCGGCCGCUGGAUUUGGCGGUCAUGGCGCAGUAUUUCACUCUGGACUCUAUUACGAAGAUUGCGUUUGGUGAGAGUUUUGGAUUUCUAAGUCGCGAGGAGGAUGUGUACCAUUAUCUACACACGAUCGAGUCAAUCGCUCCAGUAGCUGCCAUGACGGGAGAGAUCCCGUUGCUGUGCAGCAUCGUGGCUUCGCCGUCUGUGCUGAGGCUUGCGGGCCCGAAGAAGACUGACAAGUCAGGCAUUGGAAAACUUAUGGCUGUUGCUGCUGACAUCGUAUCCAAGCGCUUCGGCCCGGAUGUGAAAGAUCAAAGAGACAUGCUAGGAGCAUUUGUCCGAAAUGGCCUUACGCAGAGGGAAUGCGAGACCGAGGCUCUGUUUCAAGUAGUUGCUGGUUCCGAUACGACCGCAACUUCAGUACGGGCAACACUAUUAUACACCAUGACCACUCCUCGAGUGUACACUGCUCUGCAGAAGGAGAUUGACGCAGCCAAGAUAUCUACCCCUAUCACCAGCGACGAAGGACUACGACUGCCGUAUCUCCAAGCUGUCAUCUACGAGGGAAUCAGGAUCUGGCCUCCAUUCACAGGCCUUCCCUUCAAAGAGGUCCCCCCGCAAGGCGACACCAUCAACGGCCGAUUCAUACCGGGCGGGACACGCAUCGCGCCCAGCAACUGGUCGCUCAUGAGGCAAAAGUCCGUAUUUGGCCAAGACACCGAUGUUUUUCGCCCUGAAAGAUGGCUCGAAGUCACCGAAGAGCAGCGUUGCGAGAUGCGACAUGCGGUUGAGCUUGUGUUCGGAUACGGCAGAUGGGCGUGCGCUGGGAAGCCUAUUGCGUUUCUCGAACUGAACAAGAUCUUUGUGGAGAAGAAUAUGUGGGUGGCUGUUUCGGAUAGGCGGAAGAGUGUCGGCUGA